CCCCAUUACUACCAGUACACGGCACACCUAUCAAACCGCCUACGGAAACAAGGAAGUGUUUCAUAGUGAAACUUACACUUUACUUUACGAGCUGCCCUGCGUUGCAUACAUUGGGUACCUUGUGCAGUUGAUUGUUGAGGAACAUCUCUGCUGACGGCUAAGAAGGGAAAUAAUGUCCUACAUUCAGCGCGUUUGCCAGAGCUCGUCGCUUCGACAAGCGGCGGCCGCAUGGCGUACAGGUGUUACACAGCUGUCGGCCGCGCGUGUAGCUAUGGUGGCAUCUCAGCGGUUUGCUGCUGCUCCUACGUAUAGCGCGGCCCCGGCUCCCGUUUCGGGCUUUUCCAGCAGCCCUACCAUCUCCACGUCCUUCGCGGCGUCGGGAGUGCAGUCCACGUCUUCUUCCUCCACCGCUGUGGAGGGCAGCGACUCCGGAGAGGCCGGUAACAGCCUCGGCGGCGCUUCCCACUCUGAGAAAUUAAGCCAUGGGAGCAAGUCUUUAAGGCGACGACGUAAACGGUUUUAGCAUUCAAUGUGUAGUAUUUCAAACAACACGUACGGAUGAAGCGACGAAGUAGGGAUGGGCGAGGCAGCGGCAUGGCAUGGAGGGGUGCGUGUCGGUAAGUGUGUAACCCAGCCGGGGCACUUGCAAGGGGUAACACUUGUAUGGAGGGGCCUGAUUAGCGGCCUAAACGGCAAUACGGUUGAUGUUUAUUCCAUGCUUAAUGCCUCGGACCACGCAUGCGUGAAGCGGUGGUAUUGAGGCAUCAUGUAGGGUUUUCCUGCUUAACAUGUGCUGAAAGGGCGUCGAAUUUGUUGCUGGUAAGCUAGUUUCCUGUGUAGGCUCCUUUACGUGACUGGAAACGAUGCCGCAUGCAAACCGGAACGCGACCCUGGGGGUUACUUCGUCGUGUACAGCAAUGGAGCAUAGCGCGUUGGUGGUAGGCACCCAGGCUGCUACAGUAGUAUUGUAAUGGCCCUGAUCGGGUUGUUCGUUCU